UAAUUAUAUGAAGCGUCAUUGGAUACAAACAAGGAAGUAAUUUAAAUCAAUAUGCGACUGACAAUUUAAACAACUAAAUAUCAUAUGGACAUUUUCCCAUAUGGGUGCUGCAUGUAGCUCAGAGCCAGAGUAUAAGCAGAUUCCUAAUUCAGCUGUAAAAGAACCUCUCCACCCAUCAGAUUUACAUCCAAAUCCUGCAAAAGUAGUGCAAAAACCUCAUGUAGAAAAGAAAGUAGAAUUUAACCAAGAUACAAAGAUAGAUACACCAUCAAAAAUGUCUACUUUAAGUCCUGGUAAAGCUCCUCCUAAAAGGACAAUUUCUGUUCUGAAACAGAUGGGAGACGAUGAGCGAAUGAAGAGAAAUCCUGAAAUAAAACAAUUCUUGACAGAUUUCAUCAAUGUUCGUGUUUAUAUAGAAAAUCUUCUAAAAAAAGCUGAGUGUGAUGAGUAUGAAGAAUUACAUAAGAUGUUAACAGACAAAAUCAUUGAACCAUUCAAUAAACAGACCAAAGAUGAGGGACGAUUGUUGAUGGGGGAUCAUCUAGCUAAAAUUAGUUUUGUGAAGCCAGUUGUAGAUUUAUACAAUAGAAUACUAGAGGAGCAUGAUAUCCAUGAAGGUAUUUCUCCAAGCCUAGAUGAUGAUGAUAGUGAGCAACCAUAUUAUAUAGCUAUCGUAGAUAUCAGAUCAAUACUCUGGAACUUCUCUGAUACCAGUAAAGACUUUGGAAUGUCCAUUGCUCAAGAUACAGAUUUCUUUCAGUCUAUUGUGAAGGACUUGCAAAUUACUUUUAAAGAAGGACUGGAAAAUUUGACAGCAGGUGAAUUUUCCUUCAAUUCAGCUGUUGCCAUAACAACAAACUGUGGACGAGCUGGAGUACAAAAGUCAUCUUUCAAUGUAGAGGUCAAAAAGGACAACUCUGAUCCAGUUUCUGUCCACAUGGUGGAUGUUCUUACUCCUUUUCUCAAGUCAAAAGAACAAUUUGUGAAAUUAACAACCUUGUUGGCAUUGUCUUACAUGGUAAAUGAAGAUCAGAAUAGGUUUUUAACUGCAGACCUGUCGUUGUUUGAUUUCCUGCUUGAGAUGAUCAAACUAGCCAUGAAAGACAAGGACAGACGUUACUCUGGUUUCAGUGUUCAUGAACUAAUUGAAGGACUUGCUGGUCUAGCCAAAAAUGAUGAGAAUAAAUUAAAGAUAAUGGAAAAGAAAGAUACAUAUCCUCUACUGAAGAAAUCCAUUAUGCAGAAUAAAGCUGAGCAAGAACAGCUAGCAGCAGUCAGGGCUGUAUGGGAGUUAUCCUUCGUUGAAAAGAACAAAAAGAUUUUAGCUAAAGAUAAAGAUCUGAUGUCAAGGUUAGAGAGUUUACAAAAGCAUGACAAUCAAGAUAUAGCUAACUCAGCAGGGAGAGCAUUGUUUGUUAUCAAUCCUGACAAUGAGAAAAAUCUGAUGAAGUCGGUAGCUGAUUCUCACUCUAAGCUGGAACACCCUGAACAAGAACAUAUCAUGAUAAGUUACCAGUGGAGUAACCAGAAAACUAUACUUCAGAUAAAGGAUAAAUUAAGACAAAACAAUUUCCCAGUAUGGAUAGAUGUAGAUUUCAUGGAAGGAUCUAUGCUUCAGAUGAUGGCUUCAGCUAUAGAAAAGGCAUCAGUGGUGUUAAUUUGUUAUUCAGAAAAAUACAAGGACAGUAAAAACUGCAGAACAGAGGCAGAGUAUGCUUUUGCCCGAGACAAAAUGAUAAUUCCUGUCUUAUUACAAAACCGAUACAGACCUGAUGGCUGGCUGGGUAUUCUUAUUGGAUCGAAGAAAUUCUAUGAUUUUAGUGGCAAAUAUGAUUUUGAGAAAAAGUUUCAGGAAUUGAAAGGUGAAUUAGAAGGCCAGUUGUUACAAAAGAAAAGACAGCCUGCAAUGAUGAAGGAUUUAGUGAAUCAAGCUGUUAAUAGUGAACAUGCAGAUGUGGAGAAAGAAAUUGGUGUAUUAAGUUGGACAAAACAGGACUUACAAAACUGGUUAAAACAAAAUCAAUUAGAAUCGUUUUCUGGCCUUCAUUCGCUGACCGGUGAACAAAUUGGAUUCUUGUACAAAUUAUUUAGAAGGGCUCCAGAUUUUUUCUACAAAUGUUUGGAAGAAAAACUUGGAUUGAAGUCUUUAGAAGAUCUGAUGAAAUUUGACAAAGCUUUAGAAAAACUAAGCAGAGAUCAUCCAGAUAUUAACCAACUUCUUUUAUGAUGAAAUGAAACGAAUAAUCAACAGCUGCUGUUUCAUUCUAAAAGGGACAUUUACUACUUUUGAGCACUUACUAAAGAAGGACAGAGUUAGGCUUUUAAGCCACUGGUUUAUCUUCAGUAAUUGGCUUAUCCAUGACAAUGUAUAACUGCGCAAACACAAGUUGCCAUUGAUUUAAGUUUUGUCUUUCUUGAGUAAAUCUACGAUGAUAUUGUCUUUCUGUAUUGGUGUUAUCAAUCUGUAUGGACUCUGUAAUGUUUUUUUUUAUGUUUUAUGCAAGUUUAUAUUUUUACUAGACACAGGCUGUUAACAAUCCUUAACCAAUCAAAAUUAAUUAGAAGUGUUACAAUUCACCCAAAAUGCACUGAAUUACAAUAAUUAUAAUCAAAUGUACAUACAGGAAUUAAAUAUGUCUUGAUAUAAAAAACAACCAAAUAGCUGCUAUCAUUUCUUGUGUGAAAAAAGUUCAAAGAAAAGAAAAUCACAUAUCUGUAAAUCAAAUCAAAUAAUUUUAUUGGUGUAAAUUCCUAUACAGAAAUGAUACCAGCCGACAUUUACAAAAUACAGAUACAAAUACAAAAAUAAACAAACAAACAGACAAAAGCAAAAAAAAAAAAAAAAACAUAUUUUCUCAAUGAUAAGAGAUACAUAUUUUAUAUUUACAUUGCGUGGAGGUGUUAUUCAUACAAAAUUAUUAAUUCAAGCUAUUAACAAUUAGCUUUAAUACUAUAAAAGUUCUUAACAACAUUAUGUUUGCUUUAAAUGAAUGUUCAAAUCAUACAUAUCGCUUAUUCCAGCUACACUUACAGUACUAAUGUCUGUAUCAUUACUUUUCAAAAUGAAACUAAACUUAUCUUGUUCACACAUAUUAGCAAAAGAUGGAACUAUAUCUGUAUCUUCACUCCUUUGAUGUUUAUA